ACCGAUGUGUUUUCAGGGAGAGCAAAAGAAUGUCUCGUGGAAGGUAACAAGAAAUACAACCAAGGAGAAACUAAGGAGGCGAUAAACUUCUACACGGAAGGACUUCAAGUGAACUGUAAAGAUAUACGGCUGAACGCCAAGCUUUACAGCAACAGGGCAGCAGCUUAUUUCCAUUUGGGUAAGAUUGUUUUUGAAACUUCUAAAAUCUUUACGUAGCCGAAAUAACGAAAUACACAAUCUGUAUCCAUUUCAAACAGGAUUUUAUCCACUCCUGUUGUCUUUCCGGCGCUUUGUGCAUCUUUCCUCACUUCAUUACCCACAUGAAAUCGGCAAAAUGAACAUUUCAUGUAUAACAAACACGCAGAAAUGCUCCUUAAAAAAAAAACAAUUCUUAAGUAAUCUUUCAGUGCAUUUUUGUGAAGUUCUUAUCGUAUUUUUUAAUAAUCCAAGAUUAUGGCCUUCUUACACGGUAUUACGUCUAACCUCGCCAAUCGUUUUGACUCGCUCUUGUGCAAAUUGUCUUCAGAGGAGACAUUUUCGUCGAGAGUAGGGUUGGAAUCAUUGGCAAGUGAGACAUUAACAAUGAUAUCGGAGAUUUGAAUGAUAAAAUUUCGACUAAGGCGUGGGCCAAAAGGGAGAUCUCAUUGUCAAAUGUCAAAUAGCAGAACUAGUCAAAAUUUUCUAAUUUUAGAGCUCACUCUAAAUAAUAGCAUUCUGUGAAUCAUAGGAUUCUUUUAGCUUUAAAACAGAGAUAAUGGCUCGGAGAUUUCCUCAGUUACGAACUGAGACGUUGAUGUUGAAGCUUUGAGGGGAUCGACGCAUUACAGGGUCAUACACUUAAAGACAAACAGAAGCUAUAAAAAACGACAUUUCCAAAUCCAAAUCAUCUGUUCAUCUUUAUUUAGAUGUUCGAGGUUGCAAAGAACAAUAAGAAAUGCUUUUGUUCCUAUUAUUGAACAUCUCGUUUCCUGACGGAAAUUUAAGUUAAAAAGUUUGGAAUAUCGCGGUCAGAGAAUGUGGAUAUAAGUCGGCUUUCUCAGCCUAAGAAGCCAAAUUCUGUGUGUUACAAAUAUGAAAGAAAAGAAAUGUAGAGAUGCUUCCCUUGAUGUUUAUCCUAAACGAAAUCUUUGAUGUGCGUAGAAUUGCCCAACACGAACUCCCAGUGUUAGUUGCUCAUGACCCUAAUCAUGCAGUUUCCAAUUUUAAAAUAUGCAUAGCCAAGGGGCAAGUAGCAAAAACCAUGUGUGGCGCUGGCUAAUUUAGUGUUAUCAACUAAGUAGAUAACGUAAAUUGGUGGGAAUAGUCACGUGAUCAUAUUCUCACCAAUAGCGAAGCUCUAUUUUCUGCAUUUAACUUGACACACACAACUCACAAUUCCUCCAGUCGUUCUGCCGGAGGGCUAACGCUCGAAAUGUCAGCUUUUAAACUCUUUACGGUGGCCAAUUUACGGUAUCAAUUCAAAUAUUAAUACUUUAUUACCCUGUUAUACUCUCUCACCGACGCAGCACCACAGUUUCUUUAGAAACUUACCCCCUUUAUUCGUGUGCCCACUCCUUUGUUUGUUUGUUUAUUUCAUUUUUAUUUUUGAUGCACCGCAACGAGCGAAUAAAAAUCGUUCAAGCAGUUUCCAUGGAAUAACCUCUAUUUAUCUAGGUAAUCACAUGAUUUCGAGUGCAAUUUGAGAUAAAUCAUAACAAAUAAAUUUUUCAAAGGCUGUUCAAAUUGCUCAAGCACGUAGGGCGAGUGCAAUUUGAUUUAUUUAAUUAAUUUAUUCCAAAUUGCACGCAAAAUGUAAUGUGAUUACUAGAAAAAAUAUACAAGCAAAAAUACGACUCUGUUACCCUUUUUAGUGUCUUUAUUUCGUGUCAUGGCUUGCCAAUUGUUGCCGUAGUAGUAAGGCUUUUUCCUCAAUAAUUUGCUUCAAACUUUUUAAACCUCUCUAGGGAAUAAUUGAGUGUUUGUACCUUAUCUCUGUUAUGUAUCGAUCGACAGCAGUAACCACUGCACGAAAGUUAUCACUCUCGUAAUCUCCCCCGUCUUUCGUGCAAAAUGUUGCGUAAAACUCAUCGAUAAUUUUAUUAAGGGCCUCCGGUUUAUACUUUCAUAUCCGUUCUUGGAAGCCAGACUGGUAGCAAGUUGUUGUUCCUUUGUUGUGCGUUUUUAGUUUUAGCAUUCUCCCUCAAACUUUGAGUUAAAACGUUGUUACUUUCUUCAUUAUUUUUUGGUUUUGCUUUCGCGGCUUACCUGUCAAUCAAUUUAACUUCAACUUUCUUCACUUAACUUCAACUUUCUACUCUGUUUGGGAUUAAUUGACGUGUUCUCAGCCGAUAAGCACGCUGAAAUUUUUGCAUGUGUAUCGAAAAUCGACGUGCGAUGACGACUCACACGCAGUUAUUGAAUUCCACAGAAAACUAUGAAGAAUGUCUUAAUGAUGCAACAGUUGCCGUUCAAUUGGAACCCACUUUGAUCAAAGCGAUAAAGAAAGGUGCGUGUUUCAGCUAUGAGUCAUCUAAACUCUUUUUUGAGAUUUCUUCCGAGGGAACUGUACUGUAACUCGGGUGUCAAUGAUAUCUAACGCAUCAAUAUCUGCCACGUAGGUAAAAAGUAUUUUCCAAACCAAGUCAAAACCUAUCGAAAGCUCCAACAUGAUUUAAAGCUGUUUUGUCAAACACGGUCUGAUUUUUGUUCUUCAUAGAAGCUCCACGAACCCAUGUUUAUCGACUUAAAAUGUAACACAUUUGAAAUACAAGUUAGCGAUUACUUAGAUGGAAAAUUCAGCUUUCCAGUUCUCUGUUUCUGAUUUUCAGUCAGAAAACCAUUUUUAACCAAACAUGCUUUGCUAGUGUGAAUGGGGUGUGAGUCGAUAUUCUGGAUACAUAUAGAUGUUGACGGUAGUGAAUUAUUUACCUUGCGACGCUUACUAUUACCCUCUCAGGAGCCAGUGCUUGUGUCGAGCUAUCCUUGUUUGAAGAGAUAAGGAGCUGGUUGCAGAUGGGAUUGGCCGUAUCCUUUGACGAGUGUUUCAAAUGUGAUGCGUAAGGCAAUGCAAGCAGUGUUCACUGACACCUAUUAGAAACUACAAUAUUUUCAAAGAUCAUUUCCAUUAUUCCACAAAACUUUACCGAACAGAAGGGGCCUUAAUAUCGAGUUCGCAGAGAUUAAACAGAAUGCUCCUCAUCCGCGUCACUACAAGAAAACAGUAAGACGCCCGAAACUAAACAGAUAAUUGCGGUUAGAAAGCUCGUAAUACUCAAUCUAAUAAGAGUAUUGUUAAGAUAGCAAAUCAUCCAGAUAAACCCCCGCUAGUCACGUAUGUACCAUUCAAGGGUUUUUAUGGGGAAUAACAUGGUUACAAGGGGUAUUUGAGGAAAAACACAGCGAAUGAUUUUUCUAAAUUAAACGACCUUCCAGGGAUGUUACCAAUACCCGCAAACUGUGUGGCUCAUUGCACGAAAUUGUCCUUCUUUCUCAAUUAAUAACCUCUUCAGAUUUAUAUCAAAUUUCUUGAUCUCGUGGCUCAAAAUAUUCGGACUGAAUUCUUUCGCUUCAGCCACUUUUUCCAGAAUGUAGGCCACAUCGUGCUUUUCAUGAUGUUUAUAUUUGCUGCGUUUUCCUUACACUCUUGCAGUUCUUUCGCCUCACAAUCGGAAAUUAUUUCAGUUAUUGUUUCAAAAUUAAAACAACAAAUUUCAUUUACCAUUAAAAAUACUAAUUUAACAAAUAAGUGUUUCCAAAUUUGACUAAAAUACUACUGCUCCUAGCCAGUCAUACACAAAAAAUUUCCCAACCGGUUGUAUAAUAUUCUCAUUAUUACUGAAACUUUAUCACGUCCAAGCAUGAUCCAUUUAUUCUUGACCCGUUUCAAGAUUGACAAGAGAAAAAAACUUCUGGUUCAGGUAGAGAGAGGAAACGCCGAAGAGGGAAUCCGUUGUAGCUCUCUUGGCAUGGCUUAUUAUGAUAUAGGACAGUACAAAACGGCAAUCAAGUACCAUCAACGUUGUCUAGAAAUUGCUAAAGAAGUGGGACACCAGGCCGGAGAGGAAACAAGUUAUGGCAAUCUCGGCUGCGCUUAUGAUAGUCUAGGACAGUUCAAAACAGCUAUCGAGUACCAUCAAAGUAGUCUAGAAAUUGCUAAAGAAGUGGGAGACAAGGCCGGAGAGGGAACAAGUUAUGGCGAUCUCGGCUGCGCUUAUGAUAGUCUAGGACAGUUCAAAACAGCAAUCGAGUACCAUCAACGUAGUCUAGAAAUUGCUAAAGAAGUGGGAGACAAGGUCGGAGAGGGAACAAGUUAUGGCAAUCUCGGCUGCACUUAUUGUAGUCUAAGACAGUUCAAAACAGCAAUCGAGUACCAUCAACGUAGUCUAGAAAUUGCUAAAGAAGUGGGACACAAGGUCGGGGAUCUCGGAUGCGCUUAUGAUAGUCUAGGACAGUUCAAAACAGGUCAACGUUGUCUAGAAACUGCUAAAGGGAAGAAAGGCAAGGCGAAGGGGAACAAGUUCGGCAAUCUCGGCUGCGCUUAUAAUAGUCUAGGACAGUUCAAAACAGCAAUCGAGUACCAUCAACGUGGUCUAGAAAUUGCUAAAGAAGUGGGAGACAAGGCCGGAGAGGGAACAAGUUAUGGCAAUCUCGGCUGCGCUUAUGAUAGUCUAGGACAGUUCAAAACAGCAAUCGAGUACCAUCAACGUUGUCUAGAAAUUGCUAAAGAAGUGGGACACAAGGCCGGAGAGGGAAGAAGUUAUGGCUAUCUCGGCUGCGCUUAUGAUAGUCUAGGACAGUUCAAAACAGCAAUCGAGUACCAUCAACGUGGUCUAGAAAUUGCUGAAGAAGUGGGAGACAAGGCCGGAGAGGGAACAAGUUAUGGCAAUCUCGGAUGCGCUUAUUAUAGUCUAGGACAGUUCAAAACAGCAAUCAAGUACCAUCAACGUGGUCUAGAAAUUGCUAAAGAAGUGGGAGACAAGGCCGAAGAGGGAAGAAGUUAUGGCAAUCUCGGCUGCGCUUAUAGAAGUCUAGGACAGUUCAAAACAGCAAUCGAGUACCAUCAACGUUGUCUAGAAAUUGUUAAAGAAGUGGGAGACAAGGCCAAGGAGGGAACAAGUUAUGGCAAUCUCGGAUGCACUUUUUAUAGUCUAGGACAGUUCAAAACAGCAAUCAAGUACCAUCAACGUAGUCUAGAAAUUGCUAAAGAAGUGGGAGACAAGGCCGGAGAGGGAACAAGUUAUGGCGAUCUCGGCUGCGCUUAUGAUAGUCUAAGACAGUUCAAAACAGCAAUCGAGUACCAUCAACGUAGUCUAGAAAUUGCUAAAGAAGUGGGAGACAAGGCCGGAGAAGGAACAAGUUAUGGCAAUCUCGGCUGCGCAUAUUAUAGUCUAAGACAGUUCAAAACAGCAAUCGAGUAUCAUCAACGUGGUCUAGAAAUUGCUAAAGAAGUGGGAGACAAGGCCGGAGAUGGAACAAUUUAUGGCAAUCUCGGCUGCGCUUAUGAUAGUCUAGGACAGUUCAAAAGAGCAAUCGAGUACAAUCAACGUAGUCUAGAAAUUGCUAAAGAAGUGGGAGACAAGGUCGAAGAGGCAAAAAGUUAUAGCCAUCUCGGCUGCCAUUAUCGUAGUCUAGGACAAUUCAAAACAGCAAUCGAGUACCAUCAACGUUGUCUAGAAAUUGCUAAAGAAGUGGGACACAAGGUCGGAGAGGGAACAAGUUAUGGCAAUCUCGGCUGCACUUAUGUUAGUCUAGGACAGUUCAAAACAGCAAUCGAGUACCAUCAACGUAGUCUAGAAAUUGCUAAAGAAGUGGGAGACAAGGCCGGAGAGGGAACAAGUUAUGGCAAUCUCGGCUGCACUUAUUGUAGUCUAAGACAGUUCAAAACAGCAAUCGAGUACCAUCAACGUAGUCUAGAAAUUGCUAAAGAAGUGGGAGACAAGGUCGGAGAGGGAACAAGUUAUGGCCAUCUCGGCUGCGCUUAUGAUAGUCUAGGACAGUUCAAAACAGCAAUCGAGUACCAUCAACGUAGUCUAGAAAUUGCUAAAGAAGUGGGAGACAAGGCCGGAGAGGGAACAAGUCAUGCCAAUCUCGGCUGCGCAUAUAAUAGUCUAAGACAGUUCAAAACAGCAAUCGAGUACCAUCAACGUAGUCUAGAAAUUGCUAAAGAAGUGGGAGACAAGGCCGGAGAGGGAACCAGUUAUGGCAAUCUCGGCUGCGCAUAUUAUGGUCUAAGACAGUUCAAAACAGCAAUCGAGUACCAUCAACGUGGUCUAGAAAUUGCUAAAGAAGUGGGAGACAAGGCCGGAGAGGGAACAAGUUAUGGCAAUCUCGGCUGCGCUUAUGAUAGUCUAGGACAGUUCCAAACAGCAAUCGAGUACCAUCAACGUGGUCUAGAAAUUGCUAAAGAAGUGGGAGACAAGGCCGGAGAAGCAAAAAGUUAUAGCCAUCUCGGCUGCCAUUAUCGUAGUCUAGGACAAUUCAAAACAGCAAUCGAGUACCAUCAACGUUGUCUAGAAAUUGCUAAAGAAGUGGGAGACAAGGCCGGAGAGGGAACAAGUUAUGGCAAUCUCGGCUGCGCUUAUGUUAGUCUAGGACAGUACAAAACAGCAAUCGAGUACCAUCAACGUAGUCUAGAAAUUGCUAAAGAAGUGGGAGACAAGACCAGAGAGGGAACAAGUUAUGGCAAUCUCGGCUGCGCUUAUUGUAGUCUAAGACAGUUCAAAACAGCAAUCGAGUACCAUCAACGUAGUCUAGAAAUUGCUAAAGAAGUGGGACACAAGGUCGGAGAGGGAGCAAGUUAUGGCAAUCUAGGCAGCGCAUAUUAUAGUCUAAGACAGUUCAAAACAGCAAUCGAGUACCAUCAACGUGGUCUAGAAAUUGCUAAAGAAGUGGGACACAAGGUCGGAGAGAGAAAAAGUUAUGACAAUCUAGGCUGCGCAUAUUAUAGUCUAGGACAGUUCAAAACAGCAAUCGAGUACCAUCAACGUGGUCUAGAAAUUGCUAAAGAAGUGGGAGACAAGGCCGGAGAGGCAUCCUCACUCUCUCUUCUUGGAGAAAGUUUUGAGAGUCAAGGUAAACUAAGGAGGGCCUUUGACUGCUUUCACUCUAGUGUAGAGGCUUUUGAUAGUAUCAGGGCGAGUCUGCAUUUCAAUGAUCAGUGGAAGAUUACUUAUCGUGAUCAGCAUAAGAGUGCAUACAUAGGCUUGUGGCGUGUAAAUCUAAUCCAAGGUGGAGUUGUUGAUGCUCUUCUCACCGCAGAGAAAGGACGCGCUCAAGCUCUGAGAGAUCUACUGACCUCAAAAUAUCAGCCCGGAGAUUUUUCGUCCGUUCUCCUUACUUUUGUUCCAUCAAGUACAAUUUUUAUAGCUAUCAGUGGACCUUACGUUCACCUCUGGGUUGUCCUUAGCGACGAUAAUAUCCAAUCGCGAAAGGUACACGUGAACAAUUAUAAGUAUGAGGAGGAAUUGGAAUUUUUCAUCGAGCAACUGAACAAAACUGCCUUGAAAGAGGUCGGUGCAAGAGAUGCUGUUACAUGCGAAAAUCCUCCUCAUUACUCGCCGAAACCGGAGGAAGUGGCGAGCGAUAUGAUUCAAGUUGAUGUGAGGAACUCACAAUUAAGUGCUCUACAGAAGCUUUAUGACAUCAUCGUUACUCCUAUUGCUGAUCUGAUCAAAGGCAACGAGCUUACAUUUGUUCCUGAGGGUCCAUUUUGUCUUGUGCCCUACGCGGCAUUAGAGGACUCAAAUUCAACUUAUCUGAGUGAUUCAUUCAGAAUUCGUGUGCUUCCUUCCCUGACGACCCUACGACUAAUUAAUGAUUCCCCAGCUGAGUUCCACAUGAAGAGUGGUGCAUUGCUUGUUGGCGACCCAUGUUUCAAAGAGAUCAUUUAUCAGGGAAGACGUUUGGUGCAACUUCCAGGAGCAAGGGAAGAAGCGGAAAUGAUUGGACGAAUGCUCAGUAUUUCCCCCCUCACUGGAGAAAUGGCAACGAAAGGAGAAGUGUUAAAAAGACUGUCAUCAGUGGCUUUGGUACAUAUUGCAGCGCAUGGUAAAAUGGAAACUGGGGAAGUUAUCUUGGCACCAAACACCACAAGAGAAACCACUCAGCCUGAAGAAAAGGACUAUCUACUGACGAUGAAAGAUGUCAUGGAAGCUGGGCUGCGGGCGCAACUGGUUGUUCUAAGCUGUUGUCACAGCGCUCGUGGGGAGGUCAUGGCCGAGGGUGUGGUCGGCAUCGCCCGAGCAUUCCUGGGUGCGGGCGCUAGAUCUGUUGUGGUAGCCUUGUGGGCGUUAGAUGACGAAGGAACCCUGGAGUUCAUGAGUUUCUUUUACGAUGCACUCGCUAAAGGCAAAAAGGCAAGUGAAGCUCUCAAUCAGGCCAUGAGAUGUAUGAGAGAAUCUGGAACGUUCCAAGGGGUGAAGUACUGGGCACCAUUUGUACUCAUUGGUGAUGACGUCAAACUUGAUAUCAAGAACAUCUAG